CCUGGACUAUUUUGAAUUCCGUCCCGCUUUUCGAGGUUUACGCUACGUGUAGUCAGUAAAAUGUCUUAUUACCCUGGAGAGAACACAGAAUAACUUAACUGUUAUCAUGGAUUCCGUCGUGGGGGACGAUGUGACGCUCCCCGUUGACAUCAACGGAAGCUGCAGACUGCCUGAUUCCAUAAAUGUUGGAGAAUAUUCCACAGACAGCAUGACAGCUCCAUCCUUCCCUGACAAGAUGUCCCCAAUCAAAGCUCUUACCAUGAAGGACUAUGAGAACCAAAUCACAGCUCUGAAGAAAGAGAACUUUAACCUGAAGCUGCGCAUUUACUUCAUGGAGGAGCGCAUGCAGCAGAAAUGUGACGACUCGACUGAGGACAUAUUCAAAACGAACAUUGAGCUGAAGGUGGAGUUGGAGUCUAUGAAGAGAGAGCUGGCAGAGAAACAAGAGCUACUCGUGUCUGCUUCGAAAGCGUUGGAGAGUCUGGCUGGUCGAGAAUCAGGAGAACCCCAUCGUUUGAGAGAGCAAGCUCAGAGAGACAUGGAUGCACUUCGGGAUGCAUUCACCAAGAGGAUAGCUGACCUAGAACAGUGUCUGCGAACGGCAGAGGAAGAGGUCGAGAAGAUGGCAGCCAUCGCCGAGCAGGAGAAGCUUAAGAAUAUUAACAUGGAAAAGCAGCUCCAAGCCUCGGCUCCAUCAAGCACCUUCACCUCUGUCCCCAGCCCCGUCCAAGACCUGCAGCAGGCCCUGCUGCAGAAAGACAAUAUCAUUGAGCAGCUCAGGAUGUCUUUAAAGAACCAGGAAGCUGUGAUCCAUCAGAAGAAAAGUGUAGGCCAACAGACAGAUGCACCAACAACUGACAGUGUUAAACAGCUAUCUGAUCUCAUCACCAAGAAAGAUCAGGAACUUGAGGCACUGAGGGAUGAGCUACAUAGAAAGAAGGACCAAACAACACCAGACCAUCAGGAGCUGUGUGAGGUUGGCCGACUAGAGUCCUGCAAUAAGCUGCUGACUGAAGAGCUCACCCAGACAAAAAGCACCAAUGAGAACCUGACUAAAACACUGGAGGAUACUCAGAAUCAAAACAAGAACCUGUUAGGGAAGUUGGAGGAGAAGGAGAAUGAACUCAACUCUGAGAAGAAAAAUGCUCUGAAGCGAGACAAAACAAUCCAAGGCCUUACUCAGGUCCUCAGAGAAAAGGAGAAGGAGCACCAACCUUUCUGUCUGUGUAUUGCACAGAUUGCAGAGCUUUGUCAUGAGAUUGAGGACAGGGAUGAUGCUUUGGCCAAGGCUAGAGAGGCAGCACAUAAAGCCCAACUGCAGAAAUACCAGGGAGUAGAGGAGCACCAAAAUGUAUUAAUGGAAAAGCAAACAGAGCUGGCCCAACUCCAGGGGGAACACCAUGCCAAGGUGCUUGAAGCCCAAAAGCUACAGCGUGCCCUGGGCAGGAAGGAGCAAGAAUUGGCUGACUUGCAGCAGGCAAAGGACCAGCUAGAGGUGGAGCUGGAGGACCUGCAACAGCAGAAGAAGAAGGGAGACAAGGCGCAGAAUGAUCUGAACAAUCAGCUCAAAAAGCUGAGUGGUGAGAUCGGGGACAGGGAGAGUGCUCUAGAGCAGCAGUACCAGGAGCUGCUUGAUCAGACCAAAAGAAAACUGCAGGCACAUGAGGUGACCAUCCAGCGGCUCACAUCCACUCUGGCCGAUAAAGAGCAGCAGCUACAGGAGUACAUAAACAUGGUCAGAGACUUUGAGCAAAGCAAAAGCCCAGGAGGAAACGACAGUGUGCUUUCCAAGCUGCGGCAAAGGCUGAAAGAAAAGGAGAGGGCUCUGGAGCAAGCACUGGAUGAGAAGUUUGCUGCCAUUGAGGAGAAAGACAAUGAGAUACACCAGCUGCAGCUGUCUCUGAGGGAGAAAGAAAGAGACCUUGAUAGGCUUAAUAACUUGCUCUCACACAAUGACGAAACCAUCAAUUCCGAUGCAUCUCUGUGCUCAUCCCUCUUCUUCCAGAAUUUUGACAGUCUGAUCAAGGAGAAGGAUGUUGAGCUGCAGCAUCUUGCAAACACGCUAAAGAACCUGCAGAGAGCCAAGCAAGAUGUGGAGGAUAACUUGAACAGAUCACUGAGGGAGAAGGAUUCCAUUAUCAGCCAGCUACAGCUCUCUUUGGAGGGCAAGACAAAGGAUAUGGAGGAAAUGGCCGAAUCAAUGCUGAGCCAGUCGCAGACUCAUGCACGUGACCUCGCUGAACAGAUGGGGCAGAGGUUAAAGGUCACAGAGGCUAUGUUGGCUGAGGCUGUGAAGGCAAGGGAAAGGCUGGUCACUGACAAUGAGAGUGCUGUGGAAGGACUGUUGGCUACAAUCAGCAGCAAAGACCAGCUCCUCAAGGAGUCUGCAGAGCACUACAACCGCAUGCUGUCUGAACGCGCUCAAGAGAUCCAGGAACUAAGGAAGCAGCUGUCUGAUAGGCAGCAGCAGCUUGCCACUGCUGAGAAGCAAAGCUCCACAACAGCCCAGGGGGGUUAUUUAGAGACCGCAGAGCUCCGAGCCCUACUUGCUGAAAAAGACAGCAUCAUCAACAAGCUCCUGCAGUGUGGUCAGGAGAGGGACCAGUUUCUGGCAGAGAUGAGGCAGAAGGAGGAGCCGGAUCACGUGUUGGAGCUCAGACAAACGAUCCAGAUCAUGCAAGAGAAGUUGGACGAGAGGGAAGCUGAGCUAUCCAGGAGGAACAGCGAGGAUAACGUGGAGAACAUCCCUCUCUCCAAGAAGUCUGUUGUCAUCUUGAAGAAGGAGCUAGCACAGAAAACUGAGGCACUAAACAAAGCACUGAAGAGGGAGAAUGAACUAAAGAUUUCUUUAGCAGAGCUACAGUCAUUGCUGUCUGAGCUGGAGGGUCGCAAUGAAGGUCAGGCUGCUAAUAUUGAGUCCCUGACUGCCACUCUGCAGACUAAGGACGAGAUUAUCAAUGUUCUCCACCAGCGCCUCAGUCAGAGAGGGGACAGUCGGGUUGAUCAUACACUGGAUCAAGUCAUUGGCUCUGGUAUGGAGAGAUCACUUCCUGGGCUCCCCCAGAGAGAGAGAACCAUGAUUGGUGGAGACAGCCAGCAAGAAGCUUUGCCUAACCUUAUAGCCUUGCAACAAGAGCAUGAUGCUCUGAACAAAGCACUGAGAGCCGAACAACAGCUGUACUCCAGCCUGGUCAGGACUGUAAAGGAGCAGGACAGUGCCCAGCGCCUCCAUGCUCUGCAGCUGGAGCUGACAGCAGUGCAGCUCCUCAGGAAGCAGCUAGAGGACAGCAUCAAAACUAAUGAGGAGCUAAGGGACGACUUGGAGAGAGAGAUACACAGAGCCAAACUCAGAGAAGGCAUGGACCUGAUUGAUCCUAAAGAACUGGAGAGCAUGAGACAUCAGCUGGAAGACUCGCAGCGCUGGAAUGCCUCUCUGCAGGCUCGUUUAGGAGCCAUACAGAACCGUGGAGGAGGGGUUGGUGGGGCCAAUGAUGCUGGUGACACUUUGAGUUUCAUCGGAGAUCAGACUUCCUACAUGAGUAUCUGCGUGGGAGAGGGGCAGGAUGACAGCUUGUCCCUACUUUCUGCACAGGAGCUCAGACAGAAGGUGCUGGAGCUGCAGGACUGCGUCAGCAAACUGCAGACUUUGAACAAUGAGCUGCAGAACCGGCUGUCAGCAUUGGAGAAGUCACACCAUGAUUCUUACGACAAGGGAGACGCAGACAUGACCAGCAGUAGCCCCUGGAAACAGCAGCUCGAAAAGAUGCAGGAGAUGCAGCCUGUGGCUCAGAGUAAGAGGACGCAGCACUCUAACAAAGAGAGUCAGACAGACAUCAAAAUAGGACAGAUGGUGUCUGGAAAGCUGUUGGUUGAUAUGAGUAUGGACAGUGGCCUCGGCCAGAGUAGAGAGCAUGCUCAGUCUGGCAACGACACCUUGGACACUGGAGAGAAAGAUUCUAGGGAGAGGAACACGGACGUAAUGGCACUUAAAUCCCUGCUGACUGAUUGUGGGGCCACAUCAGUUUCACAUCUUAGAGAGGCGCUGCUCAGACUUAGAUCAGAAAAUGCAGAGCUGCGGGGGCUCCUGAAAGAACAAAAAUCUGCUGAGUGUAAAGAGAAGGAGAGCACUGAUGCUUCGGGGAACAGCAGUGAUGGACAGGCUGAAUUAAGAAAGAGUGUGGAAACACUGCAGGCUGAGUCAGGUCAUGCUAAGGGCAUCAAUCCGUCCAAGGAGUUGUCGGAUGAGGAGACCCCUGUCACCACUGAGCUAAUUGUCAGCAUUACAGGGGAAAUGGAGAGUCCACAGUCACAAAGCAAGAGCACAAAGCACCAUGUCUCAAGGCAUGGGGCUGGUGUCAGAUCUCGCCUCCCGGUCCCUGUGAGGCUGAGAGUGGAGGCUAGCAGCAGCAGGCAGUCUGAACAUGUGACAACUGAUGCACUUCAGCACCCUCAUUUGAAUGAUGUUCAUGGGUCUGACCAGGAACUGCACACAGACUCCGACUCUCCAAGGUCACCCCAACACAGCACUUCCCCUUCUUCCACACUCAGACAUGCACACCGUAGCUGCAGUCCAGUCGGGUCGGACAAGGUCUCUGAAGACACAACAACGGUGGAUCACACCCAGGCUGAUUCUGCUCUUUUCACUCAGCUGGAGCUUCUUCACCAGGAGUGUCAGGAGAAAGAGGCCCUGAUCAACAAGCUAAGCGAACAGCUAGCUGACUGGGAAGAGCUCCAUGCUCAGCUCCAGGAGAAGGACCGCCUCAAUUGCCAGUACGUGGAGGCAUUGCAGGCAGCAGAAUCCACCAUUGCUUACCUGACAGCCUGCAGUCUGGACAGCCAGGGAGGAUUUGGGUUGCACGCCAGUUUAUGCACAGGUCCUGGCUCUGUGGGUUCAGAUGCUGUCCUCCACAGCAGAUGCACAGAGCUGCAAAAAACCCUACAGGAAAAGGAGGAGCUGAACAACCAGCUUAUAGAGCUUCUUAAUAUGGCAGAGAAGGCCAUCACCUCCCCAGGCUGCCAAGAAAAUAAUCCAGAAACCAGGGAUUUAUGUUUGAAGAUAGAGACGGCCUUGCAGCAGGUGAAUGCAUCUCCAAAUAGACAGAGCCCAAGAGGUGGUAUUGGAAGCACAGAAGACUCGAUGCAGGAGCUGCAACGACACGCAGACUCUUUGCAGGAGGCCCUGUGGGAGCAGAACAGGCUUAAUGCCGAGCUGCAGGAAAAACUGAGAGCUGCAGAUGCUGCUGCUCAACAUGGCUACAACAGUAACAGUGCUGACCAGAGUGGUAAAUGUUCGAGGCAGAUAGCAGAGUCGUUUACGGAACAGGAAUCAAAGGAAUGCCAAAUGGAAACGGGAAGUUCUGAUAAUGUCAUUUUAAAUCAGGAACUGACCGAAGUCCUACAGAACUGUCUCAAUGCAGCAGAGUCGGCUGUCGCCUGUCUGACAGCACACUGUACAAAUACCAGCCCCUUGGCUUCUGGUAGAUCAUCACACACCAGCCCUGACCUGCAGAUGAAUUUCGACAAACUUCAGAGAGCCCUGCAGGAGAGGGAAGAACUGGGAGAACCAACCCAGCCAACCACCAAAUCCAGUGGCAAUCAGUCCACUGCUUUAUCUGGAACAAAGGGACAACAUCACCAAGAGCUCCAUAGCAAUCUCUGCCGCCUCUUCAAGGCCUUCAGUGACCACUAUCAGAGAAUUUCUGAACUCCAGGCUCUCCUGCAAGAGGAGAAAGGCCGUAGAGAGGAGAGCAAGGAGCAUAGGGUGGUGCAGGAUGCCCAGGGAUUACCACCAAGUGUUCAGGUCCAACUGGAGACUCUCCAUAAGGCACUGAGGGAGAAGAAGAAGGCAUAUAAAAGUCUGGAGGAGAAACUGGCCACUGCUCUUACCAACACCUCCUCCUCUGAAACUACGCGGAUGGCUCUGGAGCAGGAUGACAAAGGCGUGCAGGUGGAUUUGCAGGACCUGGGUUACGAAACCAGUGGCAAGAGUGAGAACGAUAGGGAAGAGAGCAGUAGCACAGAUCUAGAGGUCGGUGUGAAACCAAGCUGCAGUGCCUCCAGCCUGCCUUCCCUGCUGAAACACGAGCAGACCACAUUCUCCUCUACUGAAAACCUGGACUCAACGUCCAGCACCCCGUACCCUAGUUCCCCAGCUCUCAGCUCAGCCAAGGUCAGUUUGAAAAGCCUGCAGGUCUAUGACGAGUACGGUGUUUCUGAGGACCCACUCCAGCUUCAGGGACAAGUCAGAGAGCUGAAGGUCCAGCUGGAAAACCAGACCAAGCUCAUCCUCCAAAUGCAAAGUCUUCUGCGACGGAACUCUCUCUCCAGUGACCUAGUUGCCAACACCUCUGAUCCCUCAUCUGUCAGGGAUCAAGAGGGGACACCGAGAGAGGACCGUAGCCAAGAUCGGAGCUACAGAAGUGGGCAGCUAGGGGAGAGCCAGGCGAUGAAGGAUAAAACCAGCCGUCUGAAUAUGGAACUGGAAAGAGAGAGGACACUGAACAGAAGCAUGAAUGAACAGCUGCAGCAGGCCCGCAGCCGCUCUGCAUCACCUGCGAGGCUGGACACCCUGGUGCAGUCGCAGGCCAGGGAGCUGUCACAACUGAGGCAGCAGAUCAAGGAGAGCCGCAGGCUGGGAGGCCUGCAGCGUCGGCAGCUGGAGGAGCUGAGGACAGCCUUCAAGGAGCUGCUGCAGGCCAGCGAAGUCGACUACUACAUGGGGGAAGUGGUCAAAGAGCAGCUGGACAAGAGCGUGGGCAUUCUGGACAGGCUGGAGGGACGGCUUGACAAAGGAGACUUUCAUCCGGAUAAUGAGGAUGUGGCAGCUCUGGAACUAUCUCGCAGGUUGGCUAAAGAGCUGCAGGAGAAGAACCGUGUGAUCCAGAGCCUGCAGAGCCAGUUAAGAGGCCAAACUCCCAGCAGCCACCACAGCUCUCACUCUGAUCUGCACUACUCAGACAGGACCUCCCCCUCCUGCUACAGCAGCCCGGGCUCACACGGCGGCAGUCGAGCCCACAGCCAGCGACGCCCUCCCGAUUGGACGGGAGCAGCUGUCCCUCCCAUAGGAGGAGCUCAGGAGGAAGGCAGACUGCAGGGCCUGCAGAGGGAGAACGGGCGGCUGCAGGACCAGCUGAGGAGCAGCGAGGAGCUCAACGCCACCCUGCGCAGUGAACUGGACCUACAUCGCUCAAUUAUGGCCCAGACCAGCUCCCACCAUCAGGAACAGGGUCACGACCAGGAAGGAUCAGGGCCUCAGACGGAUUCACGAAAAGGAGAGGGAGACUUUGGCUCACGGAAGAACGCAGCCGAACAGCCUCAGACGGUGAAUUCAGACCUGCUCGGGGAACAUCUACAGGAGAUCCGAGCUUUGCGGCAGCGCCUGGAGGAGAGCAUCCGAACCAACGACCGUCUCAGGGAACAGCUGGAGAAGAGACUAGCCGAGGUGGAGAAAGACCCAGCAGCCACCAACAUCUUCAUCCACGGCAACGAGGAGCAGGGUCAGCUGGCCAAUGAGGUGCGAUUCCUCUGGGGACAAAACCAAGCCCUGAAGGAACAGCUCAACGUGGGGUCUAGAGACAAGCAGAAGGAGAACGAGAAGCUACGGGAGACUCUGGCCAGGCGGACGGCCAAACUGGAGCAGAGCAGGAAGGAGUGUGACGCUCUGAGGCAAGAAAACAGCCGCCUGCAGGAGAGGCUGGAGCACAGCAGCCAGGAAACCUGCCAGCUGCAGGAUUCACUGCAGUACAGCAAGGAGGAGCUGCACAGGCUGCAGUGUGAGGUGAAGCUCCAGAGGCAGCAGCUGUCUGACUCCCAGCAUCUUCUACAGUCACUGCGGGUGGAGCUGCAAGUUUAUGAAAAGAUCAAGACCGAGGCCCAGAAACCCAACGAAUCCAGUGAGGCGACCCAGGGGCCCGCGUCCGUCCCUUCCUCCAACUCGGUGGACCUGGCUGAGCUGCUCUCGGAGAUCAGACACCUGAGGCUGCAGCUGGAGAGGAGCAUCCAGACCAACACGGCGCUGCGCCAGAGGCUGGAGGAGCAGCUGCUCAGAGGACCCAACCGCUCUGAAACCAUCAACAUCAACUACCUGCUGUCCUCUCCAGAUGAAGGAGGCAGGUCACCGGGUCGUGAAGGCUACGAUCCUCGUCACUCAUUUCAGAGUCACAAUGAAUACACCAGCGUCCACCAUGAUGAGAAACGUCGCGCACACUCAGAGGUGGACGGGGGGUCGGUCACCAGCAGCUCCAGCGACAGCGCCUCCGGUGCUCCUUCCCGCCUGGUGCCGGGCCACCGGAUGUGGGCCAAUCGCAACGGCCGACAUAUUUUGGGUCUGAUUGAGGACUACAGCGCCCUCCGCAAGCAGAUCUCGGAGGGCCGGAAGCUGUCGCGCAGCAUGGACACACAACUGCAGGAGUGUCUGCACACACUCAGACAGCAGGGCUCCGACAACAAGGUGAUGGAGCAGCAGCAUCUGAAGAGUCUGUCCGGCAGCGUGAACACCAUGCAGCACGUGUUGGAGGAGGCUGGUCGACUGCUCAAACUGGUGUGGAGAGUCUCUUUGCCGGCUGGUAGCACAGCAGGAGACGGCGGCAACAACCAGCAGGAUGAGCUGCUGAAAAAUGAGAUAGCCAGACUGAAGAGCAGGCUGUCACAGCAGGAGAGGAUGCUGAGCGGAGCCGUGAAGCGCCUCCGAACAACCAACCAGCUCAAAGAGGGAAUGGAAAGAGUCAUCAUCGAUCAGUUGUGUCUAACCCACGGAGUCUUGAAGAAAGCCAGGGGGAAUUUAGAGACAAAUUACAGUGCCCUGUAUAGCCUGAAAGGCCUGUCUGGAGGACCAGACGAAGGAGGUCCCAGUCAAUGGCCAGUAGGGGACUCCACAGACCCUCCCGUUUGUAGACGGACUGCAGGCAGACACUCUGAAUCUGCAGAGGAUCACAAUAGUGACGCCUCUUUACACUGCAGCUACUAAAUCUGCUGCUAUACUGCUUUUGAUAAUGUAGCUACCUAGUGUUCACCGGGCCUUAUCCUGCCUUUCUGUACUGCUGUAAAACUGUCACCUUACUCUCCAGAUAUCAAAGCCUUUUUGUACUACUUGUAUUGCACAUGACCUGCCUAUAAUUUGAUUUUAGGUACUGAAGUUGUAAAAGUUAGCCUUUGUAAAUAGUAAUUCCUGCAAAUGAAAUAUUUUCCUUUAUUCUUUUUAUAAGAACAUGAAAAUGUAAAUGUAUGUUAUUUUUAACUUUUGUUUUCAUCUGUCAGUUUAUGUAUAGGAUGGUUCAGGGCUACCGUUUGUUCAAGGAAUUAUGUGCAAAUGCAGUAAAGGAAAGUUUGAUGAAACCUGA